AUGAUGGUAGAGGCCUGUGUAAAGAAGAUUUCAGUGCUUCGACUAUGCCUUCUGCUAUUUGACAUUCAUUUUUGUGUGCGCCUACUUUCACAAACAGAAAGCUUUAACUUGGAUCGAUUAUUGGAAACAUUUGAGUUAAAAUAUUCACGUAAACAACCGGAAGUGAAAAAAUUAUGCAAUAUCGAGAAGGUGAAAUUAAAAGUAUCACCAAAGAAUAUCUUAAAAUCAGUGUUAUCAUUCUUUCCCAUACUUUAUUGGCUUCCAAAAUACAACUGGAAAAGAGAUCUAACUGGCGAUAUUAUCGGAGGCUUAACUGUUGGUAUCAUGCAAGUUCCUCAAGGAAUGGCAUAUGCAAAUUUGGCUAGUCUUCCACCAGUUUAUGGGAUGUAUACGUCAUUUUUCACUUCAACUUUUUAUGCAUUUUUUGGAACAUCACGACAUAUUUCUAUCGGUGUUUUUGCCGUGGCAAGCUUGAUGGUAGGAGCAGUGCGAUUACGUUUUAUACCGGAUCCAGAUGUGAUCUUUGAGAUGGUAAAUGGUACUAGUACAGAAAUUGUAAAAGCAGUAGCAGGUCCGAUUGAUUUUGGUUAUAAAGUAUCUCCAAUUAUGCUUACAAGUACGCUUGCUAUGACUGUUGGAUUGUUUCAAUUGGUGAUGGCAAUGAUGGGUAUAGCAUUCUUUACAAAUUAUAUGUCGGAUGCUCUUAUUUCCGGUUUCACAACUGGAUCAGCAUUUCAUGUUUUCACGGCACAACUCAAUAAAAUUAUCGGUGUUAAGUUAUCGCGUUAUUCCGGUUUCGGCAUGCUAUUCUAUAUGAUGCGUGAUCUGAUAUUGGCUUUACCACAUACCAAUUACUGGACUUUGGGGAUAUCAAUAUCGUCCAUUAUGUUUUUAUCUAUUGGUCGUGACUAUAUAAAUCCGUGGUUUAAAAAACGAUCACCUGUACCACUGCCUAUUGAGCUCAUUUUAGUUAUUUUGAUAACGAUAUUUUCGGUAUUUAUGGAUCUGAAAAACAAUUAUGAUGUAAAAAUUGUUGAUUAUAUUCCACAAGGAGUUCCUAUACCAUCAUUACCGAACUUUGACCUAAUACCAUAUCUUUUAAAUGAUGCCUUUGCAAUAGCAAUUAUUUCAUAUAUGUUUGUUAUAUCAAUGGCUAAAUUAUUUGCAAAGAAGAGACACUAUGAGAUUGAUCCUACACAGGAAUUAUAUGCUGUUGGCUUAAUGCAUACAUUAUCAUCUUUUUUCCCGGUUUUUCCUGCCGGUUGUUCACUUUCACGAUCAGCUGUAUGCGAACAAUCUGGCGCUAAUACUCAGUUGAAUAUUUUAUUCUCAAGUGCAUUAUUGUUAAUUGUUAUUGCUUUUACUGGACCACUUCUUGAAUCUCUUCCAAUGUGUGUGCUUGCUUGCAUUGUAAUUGUAAGUUUGAAAAGUCUAUUUAUGCAAUUCGCUGAAUUGUCAAAGUUGUGGCGAAUUUCAAAAUUUGAUUUCGCAGUAUGGUUGGUGAGUUGCGUAGCGACGAUGUCGUUCGAUGUAAUGACCGGCCUUAUGAUAUCAGUCUUUUUUACACUCUUCUCUGUGGCUCUUAGAGAGCAACGGCCUAAUAUAUUCAUAAUGGGUAGGACAGCACAUCGUGAAAUCUACAAACCUUUGGUUUAUUAUCAUGGAUUAAAAUUAGCAAAUGAAAAUGCUAAAAUUAUUCGUUUCGAAGCACCUCUCAAUUUUGUUACUGUUUCAACUUUUUGUGAUAAAAUAAGCGAUAUUUUACGAGCUGAUGCAAGUGAAAAUUGUAAAUUGCAAAGUAUAAAAAAUGAUGAAAAAAUAACAACUUCUAAGACAAUAACAGAACCAAAUUACGAAGAAUUAUUGCAAAAAGAAGUGAUAAUGACGAAUAAUAGUAAUCAACAACAAUCAUGGUGUGAAAUUGUUUCUCCAACAAUUCUUAUCAUUGAUUGUGGAGCCAUAUCAAAUAUCGAUACAAUGGGUAUUGAAGCUAUCAAAGAGAUAUAUUUACAAGGAAGAGAAAUGAAUAAAACAGUUCUGUUCGCGAAUAUAUCAGAAACAAUAUUAGACACAUUGGAGCGUAUCGAUUUCUAUUGUUCAGUACCGAAAACUUCCUUUUAUCCAUCUGUAGAAGAAGCUGUUCGUAGUGCUAAUAGUGAUACAUUUCAAUAG